GGCUCAGUCUCUGAGCAGCCAUUGAAGGGGAAGGAACUGCGGGUGUGUGAGUGUGUGUGUGCGUGCGUGCGUGUGAGUGCGCGCGCGGGUGUGUAGACAAGGAGGUGGGGGCAGACGAGUUAGUCCCAACUCCUUGGACUCCAUUUGCUAUUCUUUUCUUUCUCCUCCACACCUAUCUGGUGGUAGUGGGCGUUUAUAUUUGCGAUUCUUUUCAUUCAUUUCCAAAUUUUCAAAAAUUUUAGGGUUGGGGGUAGUAGGAACAGCAGGAAAGGAGAAAGGAGGAGAGUAGUGGCAGAAGAGCAGGAGGAGGACAUGGAUAUGAAGAAGAGGAUUAACCUGGAGUUAAGGAACAGAGCCCCGGAGGAGGUGACGGAAUUGGUUCUUGAUAAUUGCCUGUGUGUCAAUGGGGAAAUUGAGGGCCUGAAUGACACUUUUAAAGAACUAGAAUUUCUGAGUAUGGCUAAUGUGGCAUUAUGUUCACUGGCCCAGCUUCCCAGCCUAAAUAAACUUCGGAAGUUGGAACUUCCUGACAACGCAAUUUCUGGAGGCUUGGAAGUUUUAGCAGAGAAAUGUCCAAAUCUUACCUACCUCAAUCUGAGUGGAAACAAAAUUAAAGAUCUGAGUACAGUAGAAGCUCUGCAAAAUCUUAAAAAUUUGAAAAGUCUGGAUUUGUUUAACUGUGAGAUCACAAACCUGGAAGAUUACCGAGAGAGUAUUUUUGAAUUGCUGCAGCAAAUCACAUAUUUAGAUGGAUAUGAUCAGGAAGAUAACGAAGCACCAGACUCAGAAGAGGAGGAGGAUGAAGAUGGAGAUGAAGAUGAUGAAGAUGAAGCUGGUCUACCUGAAUGGUGUGAAGAGGAAGAAGAGGAAGACGAGGAUGACGAUGAGGAAGAAGAUGAAGCAGGCUCAGAAUUGGGAGAGGGAGAAGAAGUGGGCCUCUCAUACUUAAUGAAAGAAGAAAUUCAGGAUGAAGAAGAUGAUGAUGACUAUGUUGAAGAAGGAGAAGAGGAGGAAGAGGAAGAAGAAGGACUCCGGGGGGAGAAGAGGAAACGAGAUGCUGAUGAUGACGGGGAGGAGGAAGAUGACUAGAUCAUUCGGAGACCACACUCCCUAGUGUUCCUGGGUGUGCAAUAGAGUGAUCACAUCUUUGUUUCCUUGUGUAUGAUAGCUAUUCCCUGCAGAAGAUAAUGUGUAACUUUUUAUAGGAAAAGUGUGGUUUUACUAUUUUUGCCUUAUCAUUCCAAUUAAGAUUGACUUGUCUAUUAAUGAUCAGACUGUAUGUAGAGAACAAUUUUCAUUGACCCUUUCCACCGUUGUGAAAUUCUCUAGCAAUUUAUUUAGUAUCUUAAUUUUUCUAAUUCAAGCACAGUGUAUUAGUCAUUUUUAGCCCAUAAAUAAGAUCACUUUUACACAUGUGUAGUUGGGUGUAUUUCAUUCAUAAGGUUUUAAAGUUAUUUAUAAAUUAACUAAAAUUACAGUCAGCUAUAAUAUGAAAUGACAAUAGACUCGAAUGAUAGGUUGAUUAUUUUUUUAGAAAUGAUUCAGAGAUGUUUAGUUUGAAGGCAGUGACUUUGGCUAAGGGUAUUUGGAUACUUGUUACAUGAACUAAGUUGGAAAGCAGAUGCAGGACAAUGCAGGUCUUACUGAGCAAUGUAUUUUUUGGAUUUUGGGGGUGCUAUUCAGUAAUUAAUGUAAUUUGUGGAUUUUGUGGUGACUGAUAAGAGUUUAUUUUUGAAGAAAAGAUUGCUUAUAUUAAGUCCAGAGGCAUGCGGUAACCUCCCCUGGGAUGCCCACACUCGUGUGUUCUGUAUCUGGUUCGCCUUCUCUCUCCUCUCAGUAGCUUCUGUGCUCCCCUCUGCUUCUUGUCCCACUUUUUGUCCUGGAAGAAGGUUUGGCACCUUGUAGAUUUCUAUAAAACCUUUAGUCUCAUACCUCAGUCACCUUUUCAGACCUGACCGAGUUUUAAAUAAGUGGAAGAAAUUGAAAAUUUUUUUCAGAUCUGAAUGUUGUUGAUACAGUUUUAUUAACGAGGUUCUACUUACUGUAUAAUGCUUCUUGGUUGACAACAUAGGUUAUUAGGAUGAAGAAAAGAGAGAAAGAAGGGAGGCUUUUGCAAGUAGUAUUAGUGUUUCUUAAAAGCCCGAAGAAUUGCCUGUUGAUAAUUAUAUUUACAUUGGCUUCCCAAAGGAUUUGGAUAUCAACCCUGCAAAGUAUUUAUAGUUUUUCUGAGUAGAACUUUAAUUAUCCUUUCUAUAGUUUUAAUGUGGAUAUAACAUUUUUGGAAUAUGGUAGGUAGUUGGAAAAAUAUUUGAAACUAAAUUGAUAAUAAGAUGUAUUUCCAAACCGAUGCUCAUUACAAAUAGAAUAAUAUUUGAGGUAAAUGUGAGUCUGUGCUUAUCCAGCUCCUAAACAGCCUGAUGAGACAAGUCCAUUUCCCUUUUUGUCAAGGAAGUUUCAUGUUCAAGGCAAUUGUGCUUUUUAAAUCUUGGCUGUCUGAAAUUUUCCUAUUGUUUUGAUUAUUUGUUAGUUUUUAAAAAGUGUCAGCAAUUUGAAGUUAGACUUCUCUACUGAGACACAUUUAAACCAGCAUGGUAUUGCUGCUGCUUUUUUAGUUUAAAAAUGAGGACUUAGUGUUUCAAAGUAAAAAUUAUAAAGUUAUUUGUGGAGAAACUAAAAAAGUUGCAAACUGGCUGAAAACAAGGGAUAAAUUUAGCGGGGCCCUAGCAUCUCCAGAAGACUAAAAUUUUUCUUCUGAUUUAGCAAUUGGAAUGUCCUAUUUAGUCCCUGAGCAUUCUUAUGGCAUACUAUACCAUCAAUAAGUACAAAAUACUUAUUUUAGAAAGUAAAUCUGUGUAUUGACUUUCUUAUCAAUCAUUUUAUUGUGCAAUCAUAAUUAGAGUUCUUUGGUUUGACCUCAACACUUAGCGCCUCCAUACGACAUUUAAGACUUAUGUAUCUCUGUGGGUGGUAUUUUCAUGCAAAUAAGUAAGGGUGGGUUUUAUAUUUUGUAGAAGUUUUGGGUCCUAUUUUAAUGCUCUUUGUACGGCAGUGUGUAUAUAAUGUGUUAAAUUCCUCAAGAACCUGUCUUCAAAAACUUUGAAGUUAAUACUUUUGUGUAACUGUGUUUUGAAUAAAGCCAUGACAGUGUUAAAAACAAAUUUUAAAAAUGCAGUACUCUUGAUCAUUCUUUUAUUGUUUCUGACUAGUCCCUAUUUUUUCUGUGACUGCUGUAACUUAAAGUUUUGGAAACUGAAUUGCUUCAAAUAAAUUGAAGAUUUGUUAUAA